AUGUCAACCUACUCAUAUCCCCAUCAGUCCUCAUGUCAACCAACCGCUAAGGAGGAUCCCAAGUUGUGGUAUGGUAUCGGCAUACUCUAUGACCAGUAUGGCUCCUUGAACCAUGCCGAAGAGGUGUUCACUUCUGUCCUUAAGAUGGACAAAGAACUAGAUUUUGACAAGGCAAAUGAAAUUUGCUUCCAUCUCGGCAUAAUCUACAAACAGCAGGGCAAAUAUGAAGAAUCCCACUGA